CGGGGAGGAGGGGGCCUGUGGAACUCUGCAACCCAUCCCAUCCGGGGCAUGGGGGCCUGUGAGCCCUCGACCAGGGAUCAUGCAUGUUGUUGGCCCCCCCAGUGCCCCGGGACAUCGGUUCUCCAGGCGGUGGAUGUGCACAAAUUCUGGCCUCGGAGAUAACGAGCUCCAUCGGCGCCGAUGUGGCGGUGUUUUGGGUGAACGAUUUGGGCGAGGAGAGCCCUACCGACGUCAUAAUCAGUCCUGCCGAGGACGGCUUGAUCAGCACGUUCACUGGGCACGCGUUUCGGAUACGCACGGACGACAGUGCCAAGACGCUGGUGGCGGAGCUCGAGGUCUCGGAGACGACGGCAAGAGCGAACGUGGCGCCCUGCGGCGUCGUCCCGCCUGUCCAGGCUAAUCGGCGAGACGCCCGCAAGAGCGAGCUGGAUGGAUUGGUGCACGACCAGUUUGCACCGUGCGACCCCCCUGGCAAGUCGGGCCUGUGGUCGUGUGUCCGCAAGAUCCCCAAGGAGGAGUACUCCCAGCGGCUGGCCGAUCCGCCACCCGAGUACGGCUUCGCGAACAAGGAGGAGGCGGGCGGGCGGAAGGUGCACGAGCAGUGGGACUACGGCUACACGGGGCAUAUAAGGCAGGUGCCGCGCGUGGCCAAUACGUCGGGUUUCCUCAAGAUGUCGUUCACCAGUAAGCUGAAAGAUAUCCUGAUGCCUUUCUGGAAGGAUUAUGGGAUUGGUGGGGUGAAGGAUUCAGUGGCGCCCCACGGGGUUAUCGCAGGGGGCUACACGAACAGCCACACAAUCCCAAUGUCGAAGUUAGACCUGGACAAACACCGCGACAUCCAGCGAAAAGUCCACAUGGAGUUGAAGGAUUACCUGGAGUGGUGGACGGGCAGGCCGCUCACCCACACCUCCACGUUCGGGAUCCGCAUUUAUCACCGCGGGUCUAUGCUCAUAGACCACGUGGACCGCGCGGACACACACCUGGCCAGCGCAGUCAUACAGGUCGGCCAGGAUGUCGACGAGGAUGGCGGAUGGCCGCUGGAGGUCAUCGACGAGGAAGGCAACUGCUUUGAGGUGUACCUGCAGCCUGGGGAGCUAGUCCUGUACGAAGGUGGCCGCUUUCGACACGGGCGGCCCAUGCGGUUCAAGGGGAACCACUUCGCCAACAUCUUCAGCCACUUCGCGCCCCUCGAGUGGAAGGGUCCUGGCAAGAGCCCCAAGUUUGACGGCCACCUCGACGAGCAUGGGUGGUUGCUGUCAGACGAGGACGAAGUGCAGCGGCAUCUCGAGAUCUGAGCAGGGCCCCCAACCGUUGCCAGGCGGUUUCCGGGCUAGCGGCAAGGCUUCGGCGCAUCUCGGCCUCCACGACCAUACCAUACGUCGACGAGCAUGAGCGGGUAGGAUGAGAGGCGCUUCGCAUUCCUCCUCCUUCCCGUGCUCCUUCUGCUUCACUGCCCUCAGUGCCUGUAGUGCCACUAGAAGCAUGGCUCAACCACGUUCGGAUUUCUACAUACGACAAAGCUCUUCUGGUGACCACCAUGGUCGCUGAGCUGCGACGCUGGCCGAUUACCCAUAAAUGUGGAAACACUGCGUCGCAGCCUGCAAUUCUGACGUGCAGGCCAGCACUCCUCCUCCUUCUCCUCCUCCUCCUCCUCCUCCUCCC